AUGGAAACGGGCGGCGACGGCGGCCGCCGAGGGACACACGCGGUGCCGGAGCGGCGCUUGAAGCGCGAGCGGGUCCCGCCGCUUCUGAGGGGCGCCGCCGCCGCCGCCGCCGCCGCCAUGGAGGUCGCAGGCGGCGGGCCGAGCCAGGCGGCGGCCUCUUCCCCGCCGCGCUACCGCCUGGUGGCGGAGAUCGGCCGCGGCGCCUACGGCGUGGUCUACGAGGCCGUGUCCGGCCGCAGCGGCGCCCGCCUGGCCGUCAAGCGCAUCCGCUGCGACGCGCCCGAGAACGUGGAGCUGGCGCUGGCCGAGUUCUGGGCCCUGACCAGCCUGCGCCGCCGCCACCCCAACGUGGUGCGCUUCGAGGAGUGCGUCCUGCAGCGCGACGGCCUCGGGCAGCGCAUGAGCCACGGCAACAAGCAGAGCGCGCUCUACCUGCGCCUGGUCGAGACCUCCCUCAAAGGUGAGAGGAUCUUGGGCUACGCGGAAGAACCUUGUUAUCUCUGGUUCGUCAUGGAGUACUGUGAAGGAGGAGACCUGAACCAGUACAUCCUUUCCCGCAGACCAGACCCAGCCACCAACAAGAGCUUUAUGCUCCAACUGACGAGCGCCAUCGCCUUCCUUCACAAGAACCACAUUGUGCACAGGGACCUGAAGCCAGACAACAUCCUGAUCACGGAGAAAUCGGGCGCCCCCAUUCUCAAGGUGGCAGACUUCGGCCUCAGCAAAGUGUGUGCCGGCUUGACUGCGCGAGGCAAGGACGGGGGGAACGACAACAAAAAUGUGAACGUGAACAAGUACUGGCUGUCGUCUGCUUGCGGCUCCGACUUCUACAUGGCUCCCGAGGUCUGGGAGGGACACUACACUGCCAAGGCCGACAUCUUCGCCCUGGGCAUCAUUAUCUGGGCAAUGAUUGAGAGGAUAACGUUCAUUGAUGCCGAGACCAAGAAGGAACUUCUGGGGACCUACAUCAAGCAGGGGACUGAAAUUGUACCCGUCGGGGAGGCGCUGCUAGAAAACCCAAAGAUGGAGUUGCACAUCCCCCAGAAACGCAGGACUUCCAUGUCUGAGGGGAUCAAGCAGCUCUUGAAAGACAUGUUGGCUGCUAACCCGCAGGACCGACCCGAUGCCUUUGAGCUUGAAUCCAGGAUGGACCAGGUUACUUGUGCUGCUUAAACUCAGGUCAAAGUGUUGGUGUGCUUUGAAAACUGGGGAUUUCUUACCAGGGACCUAUGAUCUCCAUGACUUACAUGCGUAAAGGAAAGCUGAGGAUGGCCCAGGUCGAACACCAGAAUCUCUGGCAACAUGAAGCUUUGAGAUUUGUCUUAAAAGUCCAGUGAGGCAUAAGCAGAGCAGGAGCUAUUGUAACCCACUUCAUUAUGAGACUAUAAAAGUUCUUUCAAAUUUACAUUUUCCCCUUCCUCCCCCUUCCGCCCACUCAGCUUUGCUGAUCAACUAAGCCUGUGCAGGUACUUCUGGAAUUCCUCUUUUACCUAAACAAAAUACUGAAACAAAUCUACAAAGCAUUUCUUUUCCGCUGCUGCGAAGUACCAGAACUCUGGGCCAAGAUGAGCAUAAGAUUUGUUUAGCAGAGAGAGGUUCAGUUGGGAUGUUGAGGCCAGUGGCUAAAUACCAAUUUUAUAACAAUUCUUUGGUCUCUGGGGACUGCUUAGCCUCUAGAGAAAGGAACAAAAGCAAGACGGGUUAGACCUUUUCCUCUUUCCCCUUCCUAAGAGUGCUCUUCACCCCUGAAACAUGACAGUGCAAUGUCUGAAUAUGACAGUUAAAGAAGGAAACCACGUUAAAGAUGCCCCCCGAAAUAGAAGCGGUGUGGUAACUGUAAGAGAGGCUUAUGUUUCCAUGUUUCAUAGGUCAAGAGUACAGUGGAAUUUGGAAGGGCGGAGGCUGAUGAUAUUACAUGGCACUGCUUCCUUCAUGAAGGGGGUCUGUUUGCCCAUCGAAAGCCCACCCCUGCCAGGGGCGUGGUGGCUUGCUUGGCUGUACAGCUUGGUUGCCUCGGUGGCAAAAGAGCCUGAAACGUCAAGCUGAUAACUUAACAUGGGCCUUUUCCGCCUGUUAGGCUGUCCUAGCUUUGAACCUGCUUGAGGAUCCUUUUGUUAGAUCUUGCCUAGAUCUGCAUCACUGUAAAUGGAGGUGUAAAGCACAGUCCUUUCCUCGCCCCUAGGACUUUGUGCAUGCGAGUGUCCAUUCACACACACACACACACACACACACAAACACGGAGUUAGACCUGCCCUGUGGUCAUCUGGUUUGAAACACUAUUAUUGCUGUUCUGAGUAACAUCUCCUAGCUGUUAAUCCGUUGUUCGUGUAGCUCUAGCUGACUACUUCCAACAUUGAGUAGGUCUUUACACUAAACGUGCCAACUUCCGUCUUUUCAGUUGGUCUUGAUUGGUGGGAUUAUUACUUUAGGGGUACCGCCCCUUGCACUCUGCUGACUCAUAGCAGUGAAGGAACCAGUUAGAUUAAGGCAAUGCAGCUGAGUCCACAGUUUAUGGUGGUCCACUUACAGGGUGGCUUGUAUACUUUCACACUACUACUGAUGCUGAUAGCUGUAGCCAAUGUUUGUGAGGCUAUGGAGAAGAUGCUGUGAUGUUUAUUUUGUGGCUCCAUAAAACAUACAAGAAGUCUGUUUUGCCUGCUAGGCUGCUCAUUACAUUCACUCUCACCCACUUUGACCUGCCUUUCUGGUAUGUGGACAGCCACAACCAGAGCGUGAGUAAACCAACUUCUUCCUUGGGCGAUUAUUAGCGGCUUAGACGGCUCGUCUGUGGCUUUCUGGCCUGCCAUCUGCAAAGCCUCUUGGUCUUGCCGAGGUUCAAGUUGUGCUGAACUUUUUCCUGCUGCUCCCCAAAACCCUCCACUCAAGUAGUAUCUGUUGUUUAUUGGAGCUCUAGGGAGAAAUGGCAAAAUCUGUUGCAAACGUGAAAAGCCAAAAGAAAGGGAAUGAAGAGCCCUUACUAUUUGGGUGUAAGCGCUAGCCUCCUUGCUCUUAGUCAGGGCCCUAAGUUCCCUCUUGAAUGGUCCUUCAGAAGUUCCUUUGACCUGUAAAGUAUUCACAUCAAAUGACUAGAAGCUUGCAGGAGCAAAGGCCUUGCUCCUCCUGACCAGGAAUGAAUUUAAACCAGUUAAAUCCGGUUAACUCACAGCAAUACUAAGUAGGUAUGGCAACAGUGAAAUGGCCGAAUUCUCAUAACCAUCUUCUCUUCCAUCCUUUGCUGCUGUUACCACUCCACCCAAAUGUACUCAUGACUGGAACAGCAGUCUUCCAAAUGACAAGAAAGAUAUGUUGGUUUUUUUCAAGAAAAUUCCUUUUGUGUUUGCAACUCAUCUGAUGGGCAACAUGAAACUUGUACCCAGGCAGAGGUGCCAUCCCAGUAACCUCUUUUGGCUGUUUUGUACCAUUCACUAGCACAACACAGCAGGUUGGGGAUGGCGGGAGUUUGAGCUUGUUUGCCUCAAAUCAGAUGAGUUGAGGCUCUGUUUACUAUCUCUGGGGUCUAUGGGUUGCAUACACAAGCCUCUGACCCAUUAGCAAUUGCAUCAGGCUGCAGUUCUGGUCCUGUGGCAUAGCCCCCGUUAACCAAUAUAUAUAUAUUUUUGAACUGCUACCAGAUAAGGUUUUGUGUUCACUUCCUCCAGACCCCAGAGCACGUGUGUGGGAAACUUUGUUAGAGCAAAGUAGCCCUUGCUUUUCACUUCUGCACUUUGGAGUGUGUGUAGAGGAAUCCAUGAAGAUGGACGCAUGACCCAAUUCCUGUGAAAAGCUCUUCAGGCAAACUGAUCCUGGCUUCCGUAAUGUCACCACUUGGGUCCUGAAGUGACUUCAGACACAUCCCCUUCUCUUGUGUUCAUGCUGCAGUUUAGGUUGCUCUUUUAGUGGUGGUAGCUCGACCAUAGUGCCUUAUUGGAGGAUUUGAAGGGUUCUUUGCAGGGGAUGGGUUAGGUCAAGGCGAGCAUUUUUCUUUUUCUGCUUUUCAUUGUUGCUCCAAAUGUCUUCUCCUCCCUCCUCUCGCUUGCCUGAGGUAGCUUUGGUGAUUGCCAACACGGUACCUAUGAGCUCUUCAGAAAUGGCCUAAUAUUUCCUCAGCUGAUGUCAACCCACAACACAUUUCAUUUAGGGUGACAACAUCAAAACAGGGAAGCCCCAUAGCCUCUUUGGAAGAACCUUCACGCAAGCUUCGAAGGAAGCGACCUUCUGCCUCACCAGCUGCUCCGGUGUCUGGCCUGCUGCCACAUUUUUGGCUUAUGUAUGUGAAUACGUUGCUGUAUUAAAAGCAGUAGGAGAUUAUUUUGCCCUGGGGGUCCCGUGAAUCCCAGGUACUAUGUGUUCAUGCAGGAGUGUCCCCCGAUGUCAUUCAAAGGGGGUCUUCCCCUCUCCCUCCCACCCCGGUUACCUUGGAUGAACUUGGAAUGGAAAUUGCCAGUCCUUGACGGCGAAAAAUGAAAUAUUGCUGACAUUUUGUUGCACAGGUUUUGUCUUUUUGGCUGACUGACAUGGUUUCUUGUGUUGUGGGUAUGAUUUUGUAUUGAACUGUUUACAUCUAAUUGUGCUGUUUACAGUUGGUGGUGUGGGCUGGAACUUGCCGGACAUCUCAUCCUGGUGCAGUGGCUAGUAGAUGGACCGUUGGGUAAAUUUUACACCUAGCUCCAGCCCGUUCCAAAGCCCUCUACUAUCACCACCACUACCACCUCCCUUUACUUGGAUUCUUAGUUUACAUUGCAGGGGUAGGAGAACCCAGCAACAAUACUGGCAGCAUCAGCAUCUCUUCAAUUGUACAGUACGUUCCACCGAGACCGUUCUCCCAACGCCGUGCCCUUUUCUUUCCCCCACGUCCCCUCCCGUGUGUCAGGCUUGUUCUCCUCUUCGAUCAACAAGAAUGCGAGGGAGCCUGCCCAUGCUGCGCUUGGCUUCUGUGGCAUCUAGAAAUUGAGCAAAAGCCUCUAGCUCCCUUCUAGGUUUGGUGUUCAAGCUCUGAGGCUGGAAGGGAGAAAGAACCCCAGCCCCUGUGGUGCACUGUAAAGCUAGAAGAGAGAAUGAGAUGGGGUUUUCCUGUUCACCUGCUAGCAGCUUCUUACUCGCCGCAGCUGAGCAGCUAACUGCAGCACUCACAAGUCUUGGGACUACUAUGUGUGCUUUUCGGGCGCAGUCACCAGGACGUGACAUUUCUGAUCACGAUGGCACUGUCCAAAAAACCAGUCCACCCCUUGCACUGUUCGUACCACGCCACUAGCUGAAGACUUUGAGCUUUCCAUUAAGCUGGUGGGAACGGUUACAGCCGGUUUCACUGGUGUGCAUGUACUUCUGAGGGAUGACGAUCCUUAGCCAUGUGCCGGUGUUAGGGAAGGCUGGAUAUUGCCAUUGGCGUUGCCCUGACUCAGGACUGAAUGCUCCCAAGUAUGUAUGGAAGUGCCUGACGUGGCUGGCAGCACGUGGCAGCCGCCGGUGAUUGGGUUGGGGUGCCAUUAGAGACCAGCCACGCGCCCUAUUUAAGCCCAGGCCUUCACCUUUGUGAGGACCGCAAGACCACCUGCGUGAGGGCAGAGGAGACUCCAAAGAGAGCCUACGCCACGCUGCUCCAUCUUGAAACUAACAUCUCCCAGGAAAGCAGCCUAUUUCUAGGCUGCGUGGCUAUUCUUUUCACAAUUCUCAUUUCUUUGCUGCAUUUUCAGGGUCCCCCUAGAUUUUGUGUUCCCCUUCAGUGGAAGAGGUGGAGACGGGCGGAAAGCUUUCGCUUCCUUCUCUCCUCUUUCUUCUCCUGCCGCUGCUGCUGCUGUGUUUAAGGGUCGAGGUGCUAGCAAUGGGUGGCCAUUGUCUUCCUUUCCCCCUUACACUUCUGCUCCCUCAGGAUCCCACUCUGUGCCUCUCGGAUAUCUCCAAACACUGCCAGAGUCUUUUUGUAGAGCAAUAAAUGUGUUUGUUUGUUUUUCCAAGUGAGAGAAAAUGCAAUCUCUGGAUUCCUUGUCGUUCUUUUUGUCCCUGAAUAUAUCUAGUUCUAUGCAGUUGUCUGGCCUGGGUUUAAGUCUGCUGGGUUGCACUUGCAACACAGGUUCAGCUGUGGCAAUGAGUGAAAAACAGGCUGCUUUGGGCCUCUUUCAACAAAAAAAUGCAUCUUUGGGGCAAAGGCAUCUAAGGAACACAAUUUGGGGGGGGGGUCUCUGAACAAAAAAAACAGUGGGGCUGUUAAGUGGCCAUCUGCACAGUUAGGGUAUGGCCUGCCCCCUUUUCUUGUAGCAUCUGUCAGUGUAUGUUUCCACCAAUCCGACUCUUCCAGGCAUGAGUCUGAUGUAGCUCAACGAUGAGAGGCUUAUUACCAGCACGGCCGGUCACCUCUGAACCGCUCCUUGGAUGUGUGGCACCCUUGGUAUUAGUUUCUCUCUGGGCAACUUGAUGCAAGCAACUGUCUGGAACGAAGUGACUUGUUGCAAAAAGCUGUCCAGAGCUCCUGUCCGGAUUGCUUUUCUCCCAGACAUUAAUUCAUGGAAUGCCAGUACUUGAUAAGCGAGAUGGAAACGCUACGUUGCUCCUCCUUGCACUUUGGGGACACAGCGUGUGGGUGCCUUCGUUGUGUUGCCGGGCUUUCAGAGUUGCAAGAUAACCUAGUAGAAGGGGGACGGUGGGUGGGAGAGUCAUCAACAGCCCAGUUCUCAGCCAGGUGGUCAAGCUAUCGUGGAGUUGUAUCACUUCAGGCCACGGAUGGGGACACACAGGAUGGAAUUCUCUUAUUCCAAAUCUAUUAAACCCCUCCACGUGGGAAACUGGCAUGUCAGGGUGAGAGGUUCUGGCUUUCUUCCUGCCUGGUGUGCUAACUUUCUGAGUAGAGGAACGUGUCUUUGUGUGGAGGAGCAGUCUCUUGGACACCUGCCGUCUGAAAAAUGGUACAACAAAGAUGCACGUAGACCCACCUCAGUGAGAACUGGGUUCGAGUCCAGCCCCCCUCCCCUCCAAAAUCCACCUCCGUUUUACUUUCCAGUUGCAAUUUGGUCCCCACCUCAAGUUUGGCUGGAUAUAGAAUGUGUAAACUUGCAAAGCUGAGUGUAACAUUAAAAGGCUUAAACCCAGGCAUCAGAUUGCAGUUUUCAAGGUUAGUUCUUGUUUUUUUUAAAAAAAAACCUCUCCUUCUUUGCACAGAAGCUGGUUAUCUAGGACCUGUUUGUGAACAACUUUAUGUUUUUCCUUUUUGUAAAAAAAAAAAAAAAAAAACGAUUUGGUUUACUUGGGUUGGUGUGCGACAUUGUAUUUAAGUUCCUUGAACACUGUGGAAACCCUGAUUGUGUAUGAAUGGCAGCAGCUUUGUAAAUUAAAGAAACGUUUGUGUGAAUAAAUCUAGUGGAUGGGGUUGAAAAGCCAU